AUGGCUAUUCCCAACAGAGGCCCCGAGCUGCUCGCAGUCAACAUCGCCUUCGUCACCACUGCAGUCCUGGCUUGUUGCUUGAGGAUAUAUGUUCGCCUCUGUAUGGUUAAGGCAUUUGGCCGAGAUGACUAUUUGAUGGUUCUCGCAACUCUUUCUAUCGGUUUCCUUCUCCUGCGGAUUAGUAUUCGAAAACUACACACAUGGAUCAUCUACAGUGCCAUGUGCGUCUCGAUUAUCGCUGGAGGCACUUUCUUCUUCGUCUGUCUCUUCCAGUGCUACCCAAUCUCGUACAUGUGGGACCGUACUUCGCAAGAAGGAAAGUGCGUCGACAACACAGUCAUCACCGCUCUCGGCUACGUCUACAGUAUCUUCAGUAUCAUCACCGACUUCACCUUCGCCAUCAUCCCGGGGUUCUUGGUAUGGCACUUGCAGUUGAAGAGGAGGACCAAGGUUGCUUUGAUCCCGUUGAUCACCAUGGGUUGCAUCGCAAGUGCUGCGGUCAUUGCGCGCAUGCCAUUUGUACAUUACUUUAACUCUCCUGACUUCCUCUGGUCCACACUUGACAUCGCCAUCUGGUCAUCGGUCGAACAAGGUCUCGCUAUCACUGCCGGUAGCCUUGCAACGCUCCGCCCAUUAUUCUUCAUCGCCAUGCACAAGCUCGGUCUCUCUACACGCCCAACUGGAGCCUACCGUCCGUCCGCAUACGGCAUGUCCGCCCCCUUACCCGGCAACGCCGCUGGAAACUCCAAAGCCGAUAAGCUCCGUCCCGACAUGUACAAGCUCUCCGCCACCGUACAAACUCGCACUUCCGACGACGAACCUGUUUCGAAUUCGAAUAAAUGGUACGGCGGAAAGGCACCACCAAACUCGAAGAAAAGUACGCGUGUGGACAACUCCGACAACGAUAGUCAAAGGAGUCUAAGGAUCAAGAGCGCUCGGAGCAGUGCGGAAGAGGACCACUUCCAGAACGGCAUUAUGGUCUCCAAGUCAUUUUACAUCACGGAUGAAGAGCGGGGAUCGGUUUUGUCUGCGCCUUACAGAUGA